AUGGCGACCACAGAGGAGCGACCAAAACUCAUAGUGGGUGUUGACUUUGGAACAACCUUCAGCGGUAUUGCUUGGGGAUUGGAAGACUGUCCUGAUGAUAUCGAGCUCAUUCAGACAUGGCCAGGUGGUGGCAACAUCACAAGCCAGAAAGUCCCAACUCUAUGUUUCUAUGACGGUGAUCGCAUGCAAUGGGGGUAUCAGACUGACCAGUCGCUCCAUCCGAGCAAGCAGGAGAAGCUCAUCCAAGGAGUCAAGCUUUUGCUAGAUGAGAGUCAGAAAUUCCGCUAUGCACCCGCUAUUGACUCCCAAGAGAUUAUCAAAAGCUUGAACCAAACACCGGUGAAGGUUGCUAGUGACUACCUAAGAAAACUAAUUGCCCAUGCUCAGGAUGUCUUGACACGUCGCUUUGGUACUGCGUUGCAGACCAUGGACAUGGAAUAUAUCCUCACUGUCCCCGCUGUGUGGUCUGAUAAAGGCAAGGAUCUUACUAUGCAGGCGGCACACCAAGCUGGUAUAUCUCCUGCAAGUUUGAGACUUUUGUCUGAACCGGAGGCGGCUGCGGUGUAUGCAAUUCGGACAAUCCAACCGAAUACAAUCUCGGAAGGGGACUGUUUGGUCGUUUGUGAUGCUGGUGGUGGAACGGUCGACAUCAUUACCUACCGCGUCAAACAAACCGACCCAUUGAGAUUUGAGGAAGCCAUAAAGGGAACUGGUGCUGUUUGUGGCUCAGUGAUGUUGGAUGAGAGAUUCGACGCACUUAUCAAAGGCAUCAUUGAGAAACAGUCACAUCAACCGAUUCCCCAGCCCACCGUAAGGGCUGCAAGAAAGUACUGGCAAGACUACAUUAAACCUGGUUACACAGGUCCCCUUGACGAGGAUGAUAUUUGUGAGCCAGGAUAUUGGAUUCCAGUUCCUGGAGUUUCGGGGAUCUCAAACGUCGACCUUAGUGAGGGACACUUAUAUCUAGACAGAGGCCAAGUGAAGGAAAUCUUCGAUCCUAUCGUUCGGGAGAUUGAGAAUCUCGUUGCCGAGCAGAGAACGAGCGUCAAAGCAGCAGGCUUUCCAACCAAGGCUAUUAUUCUAGUCGGAGGCCUUGGUGCAUCGGAGUAUCUCUUCAAGCGCAUACAGGCUGCUUCUGACGGCAUCCAAAUCAUGCAGCCCCCGAAUGCGUGGUCUGCUGUUGCUCGGCCCAGCGGUGCUGUUAUUCGUGGACAAGAAGGCAACCAAGUAGAGAGUCGCGUUUCUCGAUGCAGCUAUGGCAUUAAGAUAAGAGUCAAAUUUGAUUCCAGCAAGCACCGCGCAGAUGAAAAUCUCCAAUGGUGUCCUUACGAAGAGCAAUGGUAUGUGCAUAACCGUAUGCAAUGGUAUAUCCUCAAAGGAAACUCAGUAGCGGAGAAUGAGCCGAUCAUGAUGACCUUCUACCGUACGGUCGGCGUUGGAGACUCCUUGGUAUUCAACAACCCAUUGCGGUUUUGCCAGGAGAACACAGCUCCCGAAGUCAUGGAUCCCAGUAUGUCCCCAUAUCGUCAAACGUAUCUAAAACGACCAACCUUUACUGACAUGAAAUGGCGUCCCGAUGCUGUGUAA